GCAGCAGCUCCCGCACCGCCCGCGCAGCUCGCGCGGCUGCACCAUGAGCUGCGCCCAGCAGUGCGGCACCCGGGGCAGCGCGGGCAGCUGGGCGGGCACCACUCAGGGCUCCUCUGCCUCCCCAGGCCGGCAGGCUGCCUUCGAGCUUGCGGCCGCAGCCAGGGGGUUCUCUGGUGGCAGUUUGGGUGAGGGUCUGCUUGGGCAGCAGCUGGGUGCCGGCAGCAUGAGCGGGGGCAGCUUUGGAGCGACCCAGCGGGCCUGUUCCACCCUUGGGUUCAGCACGGGGGGCAUUUGUGUGCGUGGCACUGGAAGCUUUGGCAGGGCCGGUGAGGGGAUCCUGUUUGCCAACAAUGAGAAGGCGACAAUGCAGAACCUCAAUGACCGCCUGGCCUCCUACUUGGACAAAGUACGGCUGCUGGAGAGCGAGAAUGCCGAGCUGGAGUGCCGCAUCCGGGAGUGGUACGCCAAGGUGGGCCCCAGCUGUGAGCCGCGGGACUACAGCUGCUUCCACAAGGAGAUCGAAGACCUUCAGAACCAGAUCCUCUGCGCAGCCAUGGAGACCAACAAAAUCCUUCUGAACAUUGACAACAGCCGGAUGACAGCUGAAGACUUCCGAGCCAAGUAUGAGACCGAGUGCAGCCUCCGGCAGAAUGUGGAUGCAGACAUCUGCAACCUGCGCCCUGUGCUGGACCAGCUGGCCAGCUGCAAGGCCGACCUGCAGCUGCAGUGCGAGGCUGUGACCGAGGAGAUGUGCUGCCUCCGGGCAAACCACGAGGAGGAAAUGAGCUGCCUGAGGAAGCAGGCGACCGGAGACGUGAGUGUGGAGGUCAACGCCUGUCCUGGCCCAGACCUGAGGAAGAUCCUGGAGGAGCUGCGGUGUCAGUAUGAGACGCUGAUGGAGCGCAACCGCAAGGAGACAGAGCAGUGGUUUGCCUGCAAGGUGGAAGAGGUGAACUUGGAGGUCAUCACCAGCAGCCAGGAGAUAGAGUCGAGCAACAAGCAGGUCACGGAGCUGAGACGCCAGCUGCAGGGCCUGGAGAUCAACGUGCAAGCCCAACUGACCAUGAAAGAAAACCUGGAGUCCUCUCUGGCUGAAACAGAAUGCCGCUACAACAAAUACCUCUCUGAGCUGCAGAGCCAGAUCUCCUGCGUGGAGCAGCGGCUGGCGGAGAUCCGGGCAGAGAUGGAGUGCCAGAACCAGGAGUACAAGAGCCUACUGGAUGUCAAGUGCCGCCUGGAGCAGGAGAUCCACACCUACCGCUGCCUGCUGGAGGGCGGGCAGCAGGACAUCAUGUACGCAGGCUGCAAGCAGAGUCGGGCACAGUGACAUCGCCAGGCCAUCACUUACAGGGAUAUGAAAACCUGAGAUACGAGUGGUAAAAGAACACAGUGGUGAGGAACCAGCAGCGCCCUGCUUCCCGCCAGGGCCGGGAAGGCAACCAUGAGGAGCUGAGCAUUUGGCUCUGACCGAUGUCCGACUGUGAGCUCCUUCUCUCCCCUGGGCAGGGGGUCAGCCCAUCACUCCCACCCCAUGCCAGCCCUGCCCUCUGCUGCGGGGCGGCUCCUGCUGAGCUGGGGAAGGUGCUUUAUGACAGCUGUCAUUUAGCUGAGUCCUGCUGGCUCUGCACUGAUAGACAGGAUUAGGGAUGGGCAGAUAAAUUCCCUGAAACAAUAAAUUAUCUAAACGUU